UUGGGGGGCAGCAAAGGAGGCGCUGUUGCCGCAGUCAGCAUCGUUUGUGUUCUCUCUUUGGAAAAAUGGCGAGCAUCUGGUCGAGGGCCUGGCACAUGUUCGACGCAGUGCUGGGUCCUCCGCCGAGUGCCAGCAUCUCCGCGGAAUCUUUGCCAGAAGAUCCGCCAACGGAGCUGCCAGCGGAGCUGCCAGCGGCACCGCCAGUGGCACCGGCGUGGACCUACCCCCAGACACAGAUCCAUAUGCGGGUGCCCACCACCACGGUGUGGCCCACGAAGGCCUCGCAUCGCAGCAGCCAGCGCCGGAGGGUGGCCUUCACGGGCAGCACCCUGCAGCAUGUGGCGCACCGCGAGACGGUGAACCACGGCGAGACCUCGGGCUUCCAGAACUUCGUGCGCGAGAUGUACGAGGCCUACUACAAGAUGAAGCUCGACCAGGAGUGGCGCGGGGGGCGGCUGGAGGACGAGUUCCCCGUACACAACCGCAGGCUGAGCUUCAAGGACCUGGUGGUGCUGCAGCGCGUCGCCCGCGACAUGUGGCGCCGCAUGGCCAGGGACCGCCGCAGGGUCUACAAGGACCUCGCCGGGGAGGUGAAGCAGCGCCGGCGCCUCCGCCUGCCCCCCGACCCCUACAGGACCCCCGUCACGCUGAUGGGCAAGAAAAAGGUGAACAAAACAAAGUCCGUCUACAAAUGGACGGACGAGUUUGAAUGAAACCCAAAAACCAAACCGAAAACCAAAUCGGAGCCACCUCCCACGCACAAUUUUGGAAUUUUUCAAUGAAAAUUCGCUCAAAUUCCAGCCGAAAAAAAUACAAAUAAAAGAAACGCAGCUCCAAC